UUCAAAACAUGGAACCUUGUCACCCCGAAACCUUGCUUGUCAUGGCUAUUGCCGGACUGAAACCGAAUUCGAUUUUCCGAUGGACGCUGUGCCAAAAUAAACCAAAUACUUUUCAAGAAUUUCUUGCUCGAGCUCAGCAACACAUCAUAGCAGAGGAAGCCAUGUCAGUUCCCGAUUUUAACUUUAACCCGAAGUCUUCUAAGGCGGGGACCGAUGAGAAAAAUAAAAAUAAAUUUUUCGACAAGCACAGCAAGACUCAAUUCAGGGGACCUCCCCGAGGAGACCCCAAUGAUCCUGAAGUUCGAGCAGCCCGAAAGCAGUAUGCUACCGAUGUGAAGUCCGGUUAUCAAACCGUAUACUCUGCAGGGGCGGCUACCAUUUACGAAGAGAUCAAAGGAAAAGGCAUUCUACCGGACCCCAAACCACUUCGGAUGCCUGAAGAAAAAUUGGACAAGUCCCGGUAUUGUGACUAUCAUAAAUCGCCGGGGCACAAUACUGAUGAAUGUUUAAGUUUGUUAGCAGCCCUGUUAUGUUUAAUCGGUCAUCCGCAACUCAGAAAGUUCUAUCGCAACACUGACUCCCAGAGACGAGGUCCACGGCGUCAGAGUGACUCUUAUGAUGAAGAUGACGAGGAGGACCGGGGCGCCAUGCCAAAACGCAUCCGACAGGGAGACAAGGAAGUAUUUAUGUUCACCUCGGAAAUAUUCAAUUUAGAUUUCACUGGAACUGCUCGGGGACGUAAACGAGAUCGAUCUCCUGAACCGAUGCAAAUCACCGUCCACCGUGUCAACACCAAUAACUCCCGGAGUGCAUUGUCACGUCGACAAAUCAAAGCCUAUGCCCGACAAGCGUAUAACUCAAGCAAGCAAGUGUACACCACUGAUUUGAGAGACAUCCUCAACAAUCGAAACUGUCCCAUAACCUUUAAUAUGGAGGAUGCUAAUCAUUUCGCACACCCUCAUUCCGAUGCGCUU